CCUUGUAAGAGACCAAAGCAAUCAAUUAUUGACUGCCUCACAUGCUUGUAAUGACAUACUCAACAACCUUAACAGUUAAGUAUUUCACAUGUUGUCGGCUGAAAAUAUGUCGAGAUUAUAUAACUAUUCAAGUAUGCUGCGUUGAUCUAUGAAAUUCGUACGAUCGGUUCUCAAAGUCCAAAAAUUCCUGAAUACUUUCUUUCUCUUGUUCAUUUAUGUCUAAGGCUAAGACAUAUGGCAGAACAUUGCUCUUUUAACAAGCUUCUAUUGUUCUGAAUCAUUGCAAAUGUUUCAUAACAUUUCAGAGCGAUUCAUACAACGACGUCAGAAACUCUCGACCUGAAGUUGAUUCUUCUCAAUUUAAAACACCACCAAAUGCAUUUCACUGUCCCACAAUGCUGUCGAAAAAAUGCAUUAGAGGCUUAGAGGCAAUGGACAUAGCUUAUGAUAGCAAUGGACAUUUCAAAGUUGGUCAUCUUGUGUUUGAAUGAGUAAACUAAUCAUUACAUAAACUUUUGACGCCAAAUCAGUGAGACUACACCGUUAGAUGCACGAUACUAUGACGUUCGAUGAAGUACUGCAACUUCAAAGCAAAUUUAAGUUCUUCAGUUGUGCUGUUUGACACUGUGCGAAGUCAUUUCAAAGUUGACUCAUCUAAUAAUUAUCAAGACAAGGGACUUCGAUAUAUCAAGAAUGUACAGAAACAUCUGACUUCUAUCGAGGAAGAGUGUAUCCAAGCUAGAUCGUCGCCAUAGUGUUGUGGACGAAUUUAACACCACUCAAGCUCAAAAAUAAGGAUCGUCACCCGCAACGCCGUGUACUUUGAAGAUAUCUUCAAACUAGUCGAAGAGAAAAGGUCACGUGCUGGUGGAAGUCACAUGAAUGAAACGCAAAGGGCUUGUUUAUCAUUGAUUCCACCUUCAUAGACAAUUGCCACGAUGUCUGCUCGGGAACAGAAAAAAAGAAGAAAUUUGUCACUAAAUUAAAUCAUAUGUGUCAGAUAAGCCACAACUUGUCAUUAAACAUCUUAAAUCAUAGGGAUGGAACCUUAAGACGUUCAGCUAUGAUGUCCACGCAGGUGCAUCAAACGAUGCACAUUUGACGUGCGCUCUGCAAGAUCAUCACGUAAUCGUAUAUGGAGUUACAUCAGUGAUGAAAGCACUUUUGGUCAAAAUGAGCGCUUUGAUCAUCGUUGAGAACCUUGCAGCUUUUGCUUUUCACAUCUUUACGAGAAAUUCAAACUCGUGAGUGUUUUGGCACACAACCACAAUGUCAAUUGUUUGAGGCUCACUUUAAUGCUCGUCUACAUCAAAUGCUGCAUUGAAACCUCAUUCCUGUUGAUCCAAGCACUUCUUGUUUAUAGG